AUGGAGCUGGGGCUCGCGGGCCGUCGGGCGCUUGUCACCGGGGCGGGCAAAGGCAUCGGGCGCGGCACUGUCAAGGCGCUGCACGCGGCGGGGGUACAGGUGGUGGCCGUGAGCCGGACCCAGGCCGACCUAGACAGCCUGGUCCGCGAGUGCCCUGGGGUGGAGCCCGUGUGUGUGGACCUGGGUGACUGGGAUGCCACGGAGCGGGCACUGGGCAGCGUGGGCCCCGUGGACCUGCUGGUGAACAACGCUGGCGUGGCGCUGCUGCAGCCCUUCCUGGAGGUCACCAAGGAGGCGUGUGACACAUCCUUCCACGUGAACCUACGGGCUGUCAUCCAGGUGUCUCAGAUCGUGGCCAGAGGCCUAAUCGCUAGGGGAGUCCCGGGCUCCAUCGUGAAUGUCUCCAGCCAGGCCUCGCAGCGCGCAAUAACCAACCACAGUGUCUACUGUUCUACCAAGGGUGCCAUGGACAUGCUGACCAGGGCGAUGGCUCUGGAGCUGGGGCCACACAAGAUCCGCGUGAAUGCAGUGAACCCCACAGUGGUAAUGACCCCCAUGGGCCAGGCCAACUGGAGCGACCCCCAGAAGGCCAAGACCAUGCUGGAUCGAAUCCCACUUGGCAGGUUUGCUGAGGUGGAGAACGUGGUGGACGUCAUCCUUUUCCUGCUGAGUGACCGGAGCGGCAUGACCACGGCUUCCACCGUGCCGGUGGAUGGGGGCUUCCUGGCUACCUGAGUCUCCUCUGCCGCACACACCCCGGCCCCCGCCCCCCUUCCAAUAAACAUGAUUUCUUCUA